AUGCUGACGAAUCACACAAACCACACAGAGGGCGACAUCUUCUCCUGCUACAGUACUUCAGUCGUAGUCUACCGCUACUUUGCUGUGCUGUGGGGAUGUGCUGUAACCAUCACUGGCACGGUAGGGAACCUGAUGACCAUUCUGGCCUUCACCUUAGACUCACGUCUGAAGACUCGCUUCAAUGUACUCAUUGUGAACCUGGCUGUAGCUGAUUUCCUGUACUGCACCAUCCUGCAGCCCAUCUCUGUUGAUUCCUACCUACAUCUCCGAUGGCGUGCUGGUCAGCUCUGGUGCAGGAUCUUCGGUCUGCUCCUCUCCAUGUCCAACUGUGUGUCUAUUUUUACCCUCUGCCUGAUAGCAGUGAGCAGAUACCUCCUGGUUGCGAAAAGGGCCGUGUUUGACCGUGUGUUUUCUAACCAUGGUCUUGUUUUACUCGUAAUCUCAUCCUGGGCAUUCGGCCUGGCCUGCUUUGGUCCACUCUGGCAGGUCUAUACGUUCUUGCCACAAGUGUGCGUAUGCAGCUUCCAUCAGACCAGAGGUCGGCCCUACACCACCAUCCUGAUGUUGUUCUGCUUUUUUGUGGGUUUGGGAAGCAUUGGUGCUUUCUACCUGCUCAUUUACAGACGAGUGUUGGUUGCAUCACAGGCUCUGCUCCGCUACAGAAUCAGCCGACGAUCAUCCAGAAGGAAACCAGCGUCUUCAGCUCAAGGCACCGAUGACAGUGGUGUGGAAAGUGGUGUGGUAAAGACAUGCACCUCUGAGAUGAGCAGCCAGGCAGAUCUGGCUCAAAGCAGGGACGUAACUUGUGAAAAGUCUGACCUUUCUACACAGAGGUCUAUCAAGGAGGCGGAGCAUCACGCUGACAUUGACCCCAUACCAUCUUCAAUCACCCCCGCUGCCACAAAUACAGCAUCCACGUUUCAUUCCACAGCCUCAGGAGACGAUAAGGAAAUAAAGCAAGUGACACGGAUGUGCUUUACUGUUUUUAUGUGUUUUGUGAUCUGCUUUGUGCCCUUCCUGUUGCUUCACAUAUCAGACAAACAAAACCGUGCCCCAAAUGUACUGCAAAUGCUCUGCACCAACCUCACAUGGCUCAACAGCUGCAUCAACCCUGUGCUCUAUGCUGUCAUGAACCGACAGUUUCGACAGGCCUACCGUGUGCUGCUCACCAGGGCUGCUGCACCUUUUACCUGCUUCUGUGCCUGGUGCACAAUUCACACUUCCUGAAACUUAAAGACAUGUUUGUAGAUAUUGCCUGGUGCACAAUUCACACUUCCUGAAACUUAAAGACAUGUUUGUAGAUAUGAUUUCCAAAUACAAUUACAAGGGUACUUCAAAAAGUUUUCAACCAAGGGGUGUAACUCCUAUUUUGGGGCAUAAUGUGUGACGUUUGAAGCAAAGCACAAAAGAGAAAAAGAUUUUGAGCUGUGUGCAGUUGAUCCAGGACAAUGCAGCCAUCAAAGUUAAAGGAGAAACAUAAUGCAAGAACAGUCUUUCUCCUGAGACGUUUUCUGGUGAGGUCAGGAACGUUUUGAUGUAUCCUUUUUUGUAAUACAGCUUGCAUUCAACCACAAAAGGCAGGAAGGAGGCACAAAUGAGAAGAAGGAACUUGACUUGUGUAAUUGUAUGAAGCACAUAUGUAAAUUUCAUCAAGAUUAUUUUGAUUAAAAAGAAUAAUAAACAGCACAAUGAAUAUAAAUAGGAACUCAGCUAUGCACAUGAGAGCUUUCAAAAUGCUAAUUUUACAUCUCUUUUUCAAUCAAUCAUUUUAGAUGCCAUAUCAUUGAAAAAAAACAUCUGUUUCUUACUUCCAGGACCACUGUGAAGUCAUGAGAUGUACAAUGUCAGCAGUCUCGAAACAACUUCUCCUUUUCUUACCCCAGUAGUUUAUAUUAGUUUGUAGUCACUACAGCUUCAGUACCACACAAAGUUCAACUCAGUAGUCAUCAGUACUCAACCACUGCAGUCUGCAACUCCCUCUGCUGGUCGACUCCUUGUUUUAUUGUCUCAGUAGUAGCAAGUUCAGUCUUUAUGCUGUGCUAGUUGGAAACAGAAGGAAUUGGGUAAUACAAGAAACUGCAUCAUAUCAGCUCUGUGCAUUGACCUCAUAACCAGUUAUUUUAUUGCUUCUCCUAACUUGUGUCCUUGAUGACCAAAUUCUGGCUUUUUAGUCUACGUCUCAGUUUACUUCUAAUAGUUUAUCCAGUAGGGAACUUAGAAUCUCAAAAAGGACUUAACUGUGGAAUGCGCUGCCCUUUUUAAUAAAGCACAGACUAAGGUCGCAAAUUUCACUUGAUCUUUAAAUUAUCUACUGUGACAAUGCUGCUUCUUUGAACAAGUAUCACACAAGCAGCAUUACUGAAUCAGACCAACUGAAUGUAAAAAGGAACUCUUUCGCCUGUCAUUUAGACAACUGUCAUUGUCACUUUUUAAGGGCGGUUAGCCAUUUUAUUUUGACAAUUUUGAUAUAUUUAUUUUCUUACCGUUGAUAUUUUGACCACUGUUGCUGACACAAUUUUAUGUUUAAUUUAAAAUUCUGUUCAUCACUUUUAAAGCAGUACUUGCCCACCAUGUGUCUGUGGAGAUUAGAAUUGUGGAUGUUGCUCUGCUUGUCACGUUCAGAUUCUAAUAAAAGGUGAUGCAUGAUUGUGGUUAGAGCUCCAGAUGGUGGAAUAUUUUACUCACUGCAAUCAUACAAGCUACGUCUGCAAAGUUCUUCAAAUACAUUAAAACAUAAUUUUUGUUAUGUUACAUUACUUGUUUACUAUGUUUCAUAUCCACUUAAAGUCAAUGUUCAACUUUUCUAAUUGUCUGUUUGAGCCUUCUGUUGUUAUUUGCAUUUGCCUAUAUUAUUAAUCAACAAUGUUUUUUCUUUUGCACCUUGCAAACGGUCUACACAGAUAAAGUGUAUUAUU